AAGCGGAGGCAAGACGGACUCUAUCCGCCCAAUCCAAUCCAAUCUAAGGCAAGUCUCCUCUCGCGGUGGGAAGGGGGUGCGAAACCGACGUACGUUAGCGCUUGCGUGCGCGUAGCAUUUAUUUAACCAAGCAAGCAACUCACCCCAAUCCAAUCUCCUCCCCCUCCCGGCCACCACAAUUUCUUCGCCUUCCUCUCCGCCGGCAAUCCCACAUCCAAUCAGCCGCCGCUCCAGCCUUCCAUCCAUCCAUCCGGUCGCUGCUCUGUGAACUCCGCCUGCGAUCCAGGAGACCAAGAGGAGGAGGAGGAGGAGCGAUGGCGAGGAGCUCGUUCAAGCUGGAGCACCCCCUCGAAAGGAGGCAAGCUGAGGCUAACCGCAUCAGGGAGAAGUACCCUGAUAGAAUCCCUGUCAUUGUUGAGAAGGCCGAGAGGAGUGACAUCCCAGACAUUGACAAGAAAAAGUACCUUGUCCCUGCUGACCUCACAGUUGGACAGUUUGUGUAUGUGGUGCGGAAGCGCAUCAAGCUCAGCGCUGAGAAGGCAAUCUUCAUCUUCGUGAAGAACACCCUCCCACCAACAGCCGCUCUGAUGUCCGCCAUCUACGAGGAGAACAAGGACGAGGACGGCUUCCUCUACAUGACCUACAGCGGCGAGAACACCUUCGGGCUGUUCUGAGUGGAAGCGCCGCCGCCGCGAUGGAUCGACAUUGGACAAUGAAACCCCCUCCUGUAAAUACUUAAUAGGCAUCUCAAGAACCCUGUGUACAUAAUCUCAAGAAUCUGUGCGUCUAGCAACUCUCUGUCUUUCGAAAGCAUCGAAGCAUACUACAAUAUGCUAAACACGUUUAAGUAAUAGUACUCAGUCAGCUCUCUGGGUUGCUUCAGAAACCCUGUUAAAAAAACCUGCUGUGUCAUCCGUGAACUUAUCGAUGUGACAAAGUAACAUGAGGGGUGCCAGCGGUGAUUCCACCCA